AUUGGCGCUUACCGGUCUGUUUGUGUGUAUUAUUUAAUUUCAGUUAUGGCUACGGAUUCUUGUGGAGGAGGACAAGUCAUUUGAAAGUUUACCCAGUUCAGCGGAAUAAUUCUGUAAAAUCACAUCUUGUGCCAUCGAUAAGUGUGGCUUAACUUGGGAAUCUUCAGAAGAUUAGCUACUGGACUGGGGAUGCAGCCAAAACUCGUCUCAGUUUUCCGUGUCUGCUCUGUCAGCUAGCUAGCUAACUAGCUAGCCAGGCUAUCCAUCCUAGCUAACUCUUUCCGACUCUGCUAACGUUUGCUUUUUUGAAGAGGGCCCAGCUUACUAGCUAGCGUUACUUGUCUUUUAGUUGCUUGUCUCAAAUUGACUAUUUUUCCUGAAGUAGCGUUAUUCAAGCGUUCAAGAGUUGGUUGAGCACUAGUCGACCCGAAGAGGCCGCUCCGGCUAAAUUACAAGUUAUUAGCACGUUAGCUUAGUUAGCCAUAUAACGUUAGCUAGCUUUUUUUGUUGUUGAAUUUCUAUAGCUAUAUCUGGGUAGUUGCCAACAAACAGCAGGGUUUUUGUAUUGGGCAUAUCAAUCUCUACAUCCCGCUGCAAUACCCAUUUUAGAUGUAAGGGUGUCUUUGCAGCAGUUUGGAACAUUUGACUUCGAGAUUAGAAAGAUUUGUUGCUGUUCAGGGCCCUGAAACUCAAUAUUAGCUUGCUAGUCUGCCUGAGUUGGGAGUGGCUAGAGGUUUGCAUUAGCUGGUUAGCGAGCUAGCUAACAAACAAGGUCAGAUGUUCUUAUAUCGCACCCGUCUAUAGUGCGUAGGAUAAACAAAACGUAGUAACACAAACUCUAUAGAAAAACAAUGUAUUAAUGACCUGUUAAACCACGGUCAGAUUGACAGCGGGUGUGUUUCAAUAGCCGUAUCAUCAUCAGGCGCAGGGACAGGAAACCCCGCACUGGUCAAAUAGUUUGUAUAAACUACCAAUCUGGAUUUAUCCGUUGCUGGGCUAAAGAUUGGGUGCCACACUAGCCUGUUCAAUAUAGCUUCUUUCCCUGUACAUUUGAUGGACGUGAUUAGAUAUUUUUCUAGACGGCUACUGUUGCUAUCGUCAUGCGAUUCUGGCUAGUCAGAAUUCUGAACUGUACAUAGUCGUGUUGAAUAACAUUCAGUGGACGUAAUGUAGCUCUGUAGAAAGAUAGUCCAAAAAUCUUUUUUUAUUUUAUUUAUUUUUUAUUUUUAUAUUACUUGUUAGAUUUACAAGAGUAUUGGUUACGUCAAAAAUGAAUAUAAUGUUUGAUAGCUAGUUAGUGCUUUAACUCAAAAUAGAAUAGCCAGCCAGCGGAAUAGCAAGGCUAAAUUGAAUUAACAGCCGAUGAUUGAAGACUGAGAACGUUGUCAUUCUGGAUCAAGAAACCUUGUCUUUAGUCUCUGGUUGGAGUAACACUCCCAAGCCAUCAUCAAUGCCUUCAGCGCUGGCCGUCUUCUCCUGCCGUCCGAAUUCACACCCUUUUCAGGAACGUCAUGUCUACCUGGACGAGCCAGUCAAGAUCGGGCGCUCUGUGGCACGAUGCCGACCCGCUCAGAACAAUGCUACGUUCGACUGCAAGGUUCUAUCAAGGAACCAUGCCCUUCUCUGGUUCGAUCACAAGACUGGCAAGUUCUACCUCCAGGACACUAAAAGCAGUAACGGGACGUUCAUCAACAGCCAGCGUCUGAGCCGGGGGUCCGAGGAAAGCCCCCCCUGCGAGGUCCUCUCUGGCGACACCAUCCAGUUUGGGGUUGACGUCACAGAGAACACGCGCAAAGUCACUCAUGGCUGCAUAGUGUCUACAAUCAAGCUGUUUCUACCUGACGGCAUGGAGGCUCGACGACGAUCAGAUGUCAUCCAAGCACCUUUACCACUUCCUGUUGAUAAGGUUGCGGCCAACACCCCCAGUAUGUACUCUCAGGAACUCUUCCAGCUCUCCCAGUAUCUGCAGGAGGCCCUACACAGGGAGCAGAUGUUGGAACAGAAGUUGGCAACGCUGCAACGCCUCCUGGCCACCACACAGGAGGCUUCAGAGAGCAGCUGGCAGGCGUUGAUAGACGAGGACCGGCUUCUCUCCAGACUAGAGGUGAUGGGCAACCAGCUGCAGUCCUACUCUAAAAACCAAACCGAGGAUGGCAUGCGUAACGAGCUGGUAGCCCUGCAGGAAGACAAACACAACUAUGAGACCACGGCCAAAGAGUCCCUGAGGAAGGUCCUACAAGAGAAGAUAGAGGUGGUCAGGAAGCUGUCAGAGGUCGAGAGAUCUCUGAGUAACACGGAGGAUGAGUGUACUCAUCUGAAGGAGAUGAACGAGAGGAACCAGGAGGAGCUCAGAGAACUGGCUAAUAAAUACAACGGGGCCAUCAACGAGAUCAAGGACCUCACUGACAAGAUAAAGCUGGCGGAGGGUCGUCAGGAGGAGUUGACUCAGAAGGGUCAGAUGGAGAAGAAGGAACUGCAGCUUUGUAUUGAUGAGCUGGAGGAGAAGGAACAGGCUCUACAGGCCCGUAUCGAGGCCUUACAGGCUGACAACGACUUCACUAACGAACGCCUCACUGCCCUGCAAGUUCGGUUAGAACAGCUGCAGGAGAAAAGCAUAAAGGACAACAACAGUUUAGGAGAUCCACCAGGAGACAAUGACAUAGACGUUGACGUCGACUUGAACCGACAGGAAGCCGUGAAACAGUUGAAAGAAGCAGUGGGCUCGUCGUUGCACAAGCUGGCCAACUUCGACGAGGUGAUCGAUGCCCACCUGCAGAACAACCAGACAGCAGAAGGAGACAGCCUUACCAGUCCUGACAGACUCAAAGUAGAAAACCUACUGGAUGCUAAGGAGUCGGACAUGUCAGAUACACUAAGCCCCAGCAAAGAUCGCAGCAGUGACGACACGUCAGACGGAAACAUGGAUGAUCAUGAGCUGAACGAGCCACAGAACAGGGUCGCCCUGCUCAAAGACGAGCUCAGUCGCGCCAACCUGGAUUCUGGGGACACAGAGCAGGUGAUUAACCACCUCCACAGAGCGCUGCUGGAGGCCCAGGAGUUGGCCAACACAGGCAAGCAGAAGUGUCUGGAGCUCCAGGCCUUACUGGAAGAGGAGAGAAUGAGUAACAGACAGCAGACUGAAGAGUCAGCCAAGCAGAUCCAGUACCUACAGAGUCAAUUGGGGAAGCUAGCGGUAGACAUGGAGGAGCUGAAGGAGCAAAGAGAGAGCAGCAUCAGCAGCACGCAGGAGGAGCUGUACUCGGCUCAGGAGAAGGUGCUAGUUCUCCACCACGCCAUGGAGGCCGCCACGGCCGAGAGGGAGCGAGACAUCGCCGCCCUGCAGAGGGACCUGGGAGGUGUCACGGCCGAGCUGGAGAAGUGGCGGCAGGCUGCGUCCAAAUACGAACAGGAGAUCAACUCCCUGCAGGCCACCUUCCAACAGCAGAGCCUGCACCAGCAGAGAGCCCUCGAGCUACAAGGGGAGUUGGAGCGUCUUCAGAAGGGCUGUUCCGGUCUGCAGCAGGAGUGUGACUGUCUCCGUUCUGAGAAGACUACCCUGGUGAACAGACUACACAGACUGGAGACUGACCUGGACAGUUCCAGGGAGCAGACUGCCAGUCUGAGCAGCAGUCUGGAGAGUCUGGAGAAGUCCCGGGGAGAGAUGCAGAGUAGACUGGGUUCACUGCAGGACCAACACCUCCAGGACGCUAACAAGCUGCAGUCACAGCUGACCCAGGCUGCUAGCAGGACACAGAGCCUGCAGAGAGAGUAUGAGGACACCCAGACCUUGCUAUCUGACCUGAGGCAGCGUUAUGAGAGGACAGAGCAGGAGAAACGAUCCAUCAACGAGGAGCUGGAACAGUGUAAAUUCAACCUCAAACUGCUGCAGGACAAGGGCAAGAAUAUUGCUUGGAGCCCCUGGAUACCAGUGGUAGCAGUGAUGGUAGCAGUGACAGCAGUGGUACUUUACCACAACUCCAAGAGCACCUCGAACUGAGGAGGCAGCGACCUAUAUAACCACACCUCCUGUACCACCUCUACCUAUCUACCAGGCCUGCCCUGGCCUCCACUCCUCCCGCCCACCUUGGCCUCCCUCAACACCCCAACCUCCCGCCCUUAUAGCCCCCUGAUCGAUCCUCCAGGGCUGCUACCCCUUUGUCUCCUUGAUUGAUAGAUGUAUUAAUUAAUUAAUUGAUUACCUCCCGUCUGGUCUAGUAGUUCCCCCACAUAAAGGCCCUCUGCUUUAAACUGUACAAAGUCAAACUGUAUAUAUAUAUAUAUAUAUAGAGAGAGAGAGAGAGAGAGAGGAAAGAAGAUGAAUACAAUUAGUCAUUUCUACCAUAGAUUAAAUACUAUAUCAGCAGUUAUUGUUUUCUGUUCGUAAUCAGUUGGAUGAUGGGAAUAUUGGUUAUUGUGUUAUCAUUAAAGUGGCCUAAACUAGGCUUUGUUUUAGUUUUUCUGAUGGGUACCAAACCUUUUCUUAUUUUCUUUGGGCUCCAGGUUGUUUUUAGAGGAGUUCCUGUGUGGUUGGUUUACCAUGUUGGGGUUGUUCACGUGCUAUUACAAAUAUAAGUUUAAUAUUGAAGCCAAAAAAUCAUCAACGUGAUUAUUUGUUAGGUUUUACAUCCCUAAUGGUCGAACCCUAUCCCUGUAUGUUGCCCUGGGCAAAGGUACUGCACUGUAUAGGAAAUAGGGUGCUGUUUUGGGAACGUCCGGCCUUCAUGAGAGACAAGGGGGUUGUUAAAGUGCCUAUUGAAACUAAACAGAAGCCAAUUCUAAACAACUAAGUUAUUGAAACCCAUCUGGUGUCUGUAGGUAACUGGGUUUAUACCGACAUGUAUCUCUGCUGAACUAUUCCGUCUUGUUUUAUCUAUGUAUUGUAAAAAAAAAAAAUAAUAAUAAUAAUAAUUAUGGACAAAAUAUUCAUCAUGUUUUAAAACAACACUACAGAAGUUGAUAUUUGGAUGUGAUACUAGGUGAGUUUUGUUAACUUUGGAGAUACGUUGACUCGAACACAGUUUAUUUGGCGUCUGAGUUUUUUAGCCACAACAAGACAUUAUGGGCACAGAACCAAACCCCUUCAGUUGAUCACGUGUUAAAGGCUGUAGUGGACUGGACCAGUAGUCUCUAAACUCUAGCCUGCUAACUCUGGAGGUUCUUGGUCCAUGUGCAGAUGGUAACCUACCCAGGGCAAACGCCGAACCUUAUAUGGUAUGACGAUGAUUAAUCUGUUGUAAAAAAUAAAUAAAUAAAAAAAGUUUAAUAUGGGCUAUGAUGGGACCAGAGUUUUUACAUCGGAUAAAAUGGGUUAAAAACUAAAAACCUCCUGACCUUUGGGUAUAUGAAAAUAUCUCAAACUGUAGCAACCUUGUAGUUGUUCGUAAGAAUUAUAUUUUAAAGAAGAGGGGGGGGGGGGGGGGGGGGGUCCUACUGUAUACACAGAGAAAGCAACAUGAUUGGACAAUAAAACUCAUAGGGCUGAGCUUGCUAUAAUGCAGGUUUGAAUCGUUUGUGGUCUUUCCCUAUGCAACUGGAGGCCUAAUGAAAAUGUACCUCAGUCUUGUCAGCUAUUGUGGUUAUUGAUUCAUUCCAGUCUAGGUAGCCUAGUCAGCCCGAGUUUGAAUGUAAAAACCAAAUUUGAUCACAUUCACAUUUUCUCAGAAACAAAAUGAGCUGUAAAUACAGGACGUUACUGCUUAAUUUUACCCUGGCCAGAGGGACUGGGCACGGUAGAGGCUAGACUGCAGCUGUCAGUAACCAACAGUUGAUCACACUGAGAUCGCUGAUAUGUUUAGGUGUAUAGGCUGCUACAUUUAUGGAAGAGUUUAUUUUUAUUUUUUUGCUUGUGUCUGUCGAGAGUGAUGUGUUGUCAUGCUUGCUCAAUAAAUACUGGAGGAAAGUGGAAAGCCUUGA